GAGAGAGUCUUUGAUCAUUCUCAUACUCAUAUUUGCAUUAAUAUUCAGAAAUUGAAUAGACAACUUUAGACUCAAGUCUCCCUUAGGAACGAACCUGCUUAUCCGUAUACUACUAGUUAGUGUAAGAGAAGUAAGGAAUUUAUUUUUGCGAUUUCGACACCUCGUCAAAAUUGGCGCCGCUGCCGAGGAGCAGUCGAUAGUUUGAGUUGUUAUUUAAUUUUCUGUUUUUUUCAUUUAGUUUCAUUCUUUGCAUUUACUAAUUUAUCUUUUUAGAAUUUUAUUUUCAGGUACAAACAACCAUUCUUUUAGUGUGUGCACAAUUGGGAACAAGAGCUGAGUUACAAUGAAUCACUCCAAGAACUUCAACGGAAUAUAGACAACAUCAGAAGUGACAUGAAUCAAAUUCAAGAAGAAUGGAACAAGGAAGAGGUUCAAACUCAUUCUAAUAUUCCCAUGGAAGCCAAUAUAGAGUAUGAUGAAUCCGAAGAAGACGAAUGCUUUAAUGUUGAUAAUGAAGGUGUAACUAGCUCAACUUUUGAUCGUGAUAAUGAUCAUUCGCCUAUUCAAAAGGAAGAAGUUGAGUCUAGAAAUACUAAAGUUAUUAAUGGUAAGACUUAUGUUGUGUAUGAGAGCGAUGAUGAUUGUGACUUCUUUGUGAAUAACACCCCUAAUUCAGAGAUUGUAAAUACUUUGAAUGAGAAAUCAACUUGUGAUGAAGACCGUAAGGAUUACGAUGACUUACUUGGAGCAGAUUUUGAUUCCGAUGACGAAGAUUUGGAAGUUAUACAAGAAACUGAUGAAGAAUGGCUCGUAAAGAGUUUGAAUGAGAAUUGCGAUACUUGUGAUAUAGGAGAAUCAAUGGACUUUUUCAGAAAUACCGAAGAUCCCGUAAUGCGUGAGAUUAUGCAAGGUUUGUCUAACCCUUUACAUGAAUCUUUAUCUAAUAAUGAUCCUCCCAAACUUGAAGUAGUUUCUCAAAGAAGCUCGAGAAACCAAGACAAGACAAGUGAUGGAUCUGUGAACAGAUGCCACGGUGUUGCUGGAUAUUUCAGUCGCGAAAGAAAUGGAGUUUCUGCCAUUAACGGAGACGAAGCUGAGAAAUGCAUGCCAUUGAACGAGAUAGCGAUGACAGGGAAGGGACGAUUGGUGUUGGCUGAUAAUGAUGCUGUCUCGAUGGAGUUUCCUGUGGCUGUUGUCACGAUGAAGAUGACAAGAAAUGAUGGAGCUGCAGAUGAUGAAUAA